ACCGUUGCUCCUAUGGGUGGCGCGACGCUGGGAGGACUACAGUAUCCCAAGGUGCUGUUCGCGGCGUGGGCUCCGCUGUCCCGCUGCGGGAGACUGUCUGCCCGGCGACUCUGCAAGCGAGACGCUGCGGGCCACCGCCAAACGGACAUGUUAGCGCCAAGGCCCUGAAGGCGGGCCCCAGUUGAAAGCGACGUCCCGCGACCUCCUCCCGGCUCCUUUGCGCGCGCUGCCGCAGGCCGCUAAGCAACAACAUGGAGGCCGUGAACGCUUUCAACCAGGAGCUCUUCUCAUUGAUGGAGAUGAAACCUCCUAUUUCUCGUGCGAAGAUGAUUCUCAUUACUAAAGCUGCCAUUAAAGCUAUUAAGCUUUACAAGCAUGUAGUCCAGAUUGUAGAGAAGUUUAUUAAAAAGUGUAAACCAGAAUAUAAAGUUCCUGGAUUGUAUGUUAUUGACUCUAUUGUCCGUCAGUCUCGUCAUCAAUUUGGAACAGAUAAGGAUGUUUUUGGGCCAAGAUUCUGUAAAAAUAUAACCGCUACAUUCCAGUAUUUAUAUCUCUGUCCAUCAGAAGACAAGAGUAAGAUAGUUCGUGUCCUCAACUUAUGGCAGAAAAAUGGAGUGUUUAAAAUAGAAAUAAUUCAGCCUCUCCUGGACAUGGCAGCAGGAACCAGCAGUGCAGCUUCCAUGAUGGAAGAUACCGCUAAUAAUGAAGGUUCUCCACCUCCUGCCACAACAAUUCCAUCUGAUCCUCCCCAAGUUGCUUCUAAUUCAGUACCUGCUGUGCCACAGUUGCCCAGUUCUGAUGCCUUUGCAGCUGUUGCUCAGUUAUUUCAGACAUCACAAGGACAGCAGCUCCAACAGAUUCUUCAGACUUUUCAGCAGCCUCCAAAACCUCAGUCUCCAGUGAUAGAUAACAACAUGAUGGCUCAGGUCCAGGCAAUUACUGCACAGUUGCAGACUACAACAACACAACCAUCAGAACAAACACAUGAUUUUCCAGCACCAGAGCAAAAGACAUCUUUUGAUAAGAAGCUGCUAGAUCGAUUUGACUAUGAUGAUGAGCCAGAAGCAGUUGAAGAGUCAAAGAAAGAGGAUUCAUCACCGUCUCCUUCAGUUUCUCAGCAAGCAUUUGGAUUUCCAGGUGAAGGCAUACAGCAGCCAAUUUAUCCACAACUCCCAAAUAUAGAUCAGUUUCAGCAACGGAUGCUGGGAAUGCAACAGGAUCCUAUGCAUCACCAGGUCCCUCUCCCUCCAAAUGGUCAAAUGCCAAGUUAUGGUCUUCUACCUACACCACAGUUUCCUCCCAUGGCUCAGCCUGUGAUACAGUCUUCAUCCCAAGUGCAGCCAUCUUUCCAACCUUCUUUUACAGCUCAAAGUGAAUCCCAUAUACAGAAAACACAUCAGCAGGAAAUGGAAGUGGAUCAACCUCCUGCUCAAGAAGUAAAGAGACAUGAGAGCAGAAAGUCAAGAUCUAGAUCUGCAUCAAGAUCACCAAAAAGGAGAAGAUCAAGGUCUGGUUCUCGGACUCGAAGAUCACGCCAUCGUCGUUCUCGUUCCCGAUCUCGGGACAGGCGCCGCCAUUCUCCUAGGUCUCGAUCCCAGGAAAGGCGUGAAAGAGAGAGAGAAAGAGAGCGCAGAGGAAAAGGCCUGCCUCCUAUCAAACCAGAAACUGUUAGUGUUUGCAGUACUACACUUUGGGUUGGACAACUAGACAAACGAACAUCACAGCAGGAUGUUGGCGGUCUUCUAGAAGAGUUUGGACCCAUUGAAUCUAUAAAUAUGAUACCACCAAGGGGAUGUGCCUAUAUUGUAAUGGUGCAGAGACAAGAUGCAUACCGUGCCCUGCAAAAACUCAGCCGUGGAAAUUUUAAAGUCAAUCAGAAACCUAUAAAGAUUGCAUGGGCUUUAAAUAAAGGAAUUAAACCAGACUAUAAGCAGUACUGGGAUGUAGAAUUAGGUGUUACCUACAUACCGUGGAGUAAAGUUAAGCCUGAAGACCUGGAAAGCUCCUGUGAAGGAGGAAUGUUGGACAAUGAAACACUUAGUCCUGAAUGGAAAGGAAUUCCUAAAAAAUCAGAAAACCAAGUAGCCCAGAAUGGAGGAGCAGUGGGUGAAGCUGCACACAAUGAACAAACGUCACCUGUAGCUAAAACUUUGUCUGUUCAAAUGCCUGUUCCCAUACCUGCUCCAAUAACAGUGCCUCCACCUCAGGUUCCACCGCAUCAGCCAGGUCCUCCAAUGGUUGGUACACUUCAGCCGCCUACAUUUACCCCUCCCUUAGGAAUGCCACCUCCUGGAUUUGGUCCUGGAGUUCCUCCACCUCCACCUCCACCAUUUUUGCGUCCUGGUUUCAACCCAAUGCAUUUACCUCCAGGAUUUCUGCCGCCUGGACCACCACCACCUAUUAAUCCUCCAGUUUCAGUUCCUCCAGUCUCCGUUCCUCCUUCUCCAGGAGUAAAUAUCCCAAACUCUACUGUGGCCAAUAUGAAUGAAGACACUACAAAAGACUCUUCAGUGGGAAACCCCAUUCCAACAGUAGUUUCUGGAUCUAGAGGAAAUGCUGAAAAUGCAGAUAGUUCCAAAGGAUAUCCAAAUGCUCCUCCACCUGCAACUUCUACUGGCUUACCAGCACCUGUCACCCAACCUGUCCCACUCCUUGGUACUCAAGGAGUUGCACCUAGUCCAGUGAUUGGGCUACAGACACCUUCUACUGGCCUUCUUGGUGCACGACCUGGUUUGAUACCACUUCAGCGACCUCCAGGAAUGCCACCACCUCAUCUGCAAAGAUUUCCAAUGAUGCCACCACGGCAUAUGCCUCCCCAUAUGAUGCACAGAGGUCCACCUCCAGGCCCAGGAGGCUUUGGGAUGCCUCCACCUCACGGGAUGAAGGGCCCUUUCCCACCACCUGGUCACUUUGUGAGGCCUGGAGGGGGGCCAGGUGGACCAGAUGAUAAUAGAGAUGGAAGGCAAUUUAGGAAUGAUAGGCAGCCCUUCAAUCCAAACAGAGACCAGGAAAGAUUUGGAAGGAGGUCUUUUGGAAAUCGAAUAGAAAAUGAGCGCGAGCGCUAUGGUAACCGCGAUGAUAGAGAACAUGAGCGACUGGGUAAUCGUGAAAGGAGAGAAUGGGGAGGAAGAAGAAGUCCUGAACGUGAUAGACACAGAGACUUGGAGGAAAGAAAUAGGCGUUUCAGUGGACACAGAGAGAGAGAUUCUAGGGAUAGGGAGUCUCGCAGAGAAAAGGAUGAAAAUCGAGGAAAAGAGAAACCUGAGUUGACAGACAGGGUAGAUGGCAUAAAAAACCAUGAAUCCCAGAGUGGCAAAAUGGAAAACACAGACACUAUUUCAGAACUUAAAGGGGAGUCUGAACCCAAAGGUACAAAGCCUGCUGAAGAGUUAACAUCUGAGGCUACCUCAUCUCUUGAACAGCCUGAAAAGUCUACUGGCUCAAUUGUAGAGACACCUCGCUAGAGACUGGAAGUUUUGUCAAAAAAGUGACAUUGGAGUGUAGAGCUUUAGAGUUGUACAGUAUGCUGUAUAUUUGCUUCUGCUAUAUCACAACUCCAUAGUUUAUGGGGCUAUGUAAGCAAUUUAAUUGCUUUCCUUCUAUUUAAAAGUUACAAAAUAACACAAAAAAUAAAUCAUUAUCCAUUUUUGCUGUAACUUUUUAAAAGUUUUGACUUUAAAAAGUUUACAAGUCAGAAUUAGAAGUGCUAUUUUUUUUUUUAAUUUAAGUGAGGGUAACGGUGAAAGCAAGACAAAUAGGGAUGUGUUUUUAAUAAACUCUAUUUUCAUAACAAA